UUUAAUUUGUCUAAGGGCACACCAUAAAUGCGAAGGUCUUUGGUGCCUCAGCUCCGCAGUGGGAAGUUUAAUGUCCUUAUAACCACCUAUGAGUACAUCAUCAAAGACAAGCAAAUACUCGCCAAGAUUCGCUGGAAGUAUAUGAUAGUGGACGAGGGCCACCGCAUGAAGAACCAUCACUGCAAGCUCACACAAGUGUUGAACACUCACUAUGUUGCUCCCAGGAGGCUGUUACUUACUGGAACACCUCUGCAGAACAAAUUACCCGAGCUCUGGGCCCUGCUCAACUUCCUUUUGCCCACUAUCUUCAAAAGCUGCAGCACCUUUGAGCAGUGGUUCAAUGCUCCUUUUGCAAUAACAGGAAAGAGGGUGGAUCUAAAUGAAGAGGAGACCAUCCUUAUCAUUCGUCGUUUGCAAAAGGUGUUACGUCCCUUCCUUCUGCGCCGACUGAAGAAAGAAGUGGAGUCUCAGUUGCCUGAGAAAGAGUCCUUUGCUGAGCACGUGGGAUUUCCAAAUGGCAUUAUCAAUGGCCCUGACCUGUACCGUGCCUCUGGCAAGUUUGAAUUACUGGACCGCAUCCUUCCCAAGCUGAAGGCCACCAAUCAAAGAGUGCUUCUGUUCUGUCAGAUGACCUCUCUCAUGACCAUAAUGGAGGAUUAUUUUGCCUACCGUAACUUCCUCUAUCUGCGUCUGGAUGGAACUACGAAGUCUGAGGAUCGUGCAAUGCUUUUAAAGAAAUUCAAUGACGAAGGCUCACAGUAUUUCAUCUUCCUGCUGAGCACCAGGGCAGGAGGUCUGGGCCUCAACUUGCAAGCUGCAGACACCGUUGUGAUCUUUGACAGCGACUGGAACCCCCACCAGGACUUGCAGGCACAGGACCGAGCCCAUCGUAUCGGCCAACAGAAUGAAGUACGCGUACUGCGUCUAUGCACUGUAAAUAGUGUGGAGGAGAAGAUUCUAGCAGCGGCCAAGUGUAAACUGAACGUUGAUCAGAAAGUCAUUCAGGCUGGCAUGUUUGAUCAGAAGUCCUCCAGCCAUGAGCGCAGAGCCUUCUUGCAGGCUAUUCUGGAGCACGAGGAACAGAAUGAGGAAGAAGAUGAAGUUCCAGAUGAUGAAACUCUCAUACAAAUGAUUGCUCGUAAUGAGGAAGAAUUUGAGCUUUUCAUGCGCAUGGAUUUAGACCACCGUCGAGAGGAUGCACGCAACCCUAGGCGUUGUGACAUUAACUAG